CCAAUGGGCUUGGUAGCGUUGCCGUGCGGCGUGAUGUGUGCGCAGCGCGAGCAGCUGCUGAUCAGACUCACUCACAGAAGCGCCUCGUCGGAGAUCGGACCGCUCCGCAUGAAUCAGUUUCUGGUUUAAUGGGUCCAAUCUUUGGGAUGUCACCGGAUAAGAAAGCCGAAUCCCCAGGCCUGCUGGAAGAGCAGGCCGGCCUGCGCGGAGUUUGCGGGACGCUGCCCGAAGCCGAAUGUGCCGCCAGCCCACUGGCCACCAGUCUGGACUGCACCUCCAGCUCAGGAGAUGAAGAACUCACCAACCUCAACUGGCUUCACGAAAACCUCCUACAGAACUUCACGCUAGGAGGACCUGAGGCGCAGUCAAGCCAAGGUCCACUUUUCGACAUCGAGGGUAACAAUGAAAACCACGGAAUUUCCUCAGCAGGCUCAAACGGAGACUCUGUAAAGUCCAAACCGCCGUUUUCCUUUUCCCUGCUCAUAUACAUGGCCAUCGAACAGUCACCCAGCAAAUCUCUCCCAGUGAAAGACAUCUACGGCUGGAUCCUGGAGCACUUUCCGUAUUUUUCCAGCGCCCCCACCGGCUGGAAGAACUCUGUGCGGCACAACCUGUCCCUCAACAAGUGCUUCCGCAAGGUGGAAAAGAGUCUUGGGAAGGUAAAUGGGAAGGGUUCUCUGUGGUGUGUGGACCCUGAAUACAGGCCCAAUCUGAUCCAAGCCCUGAGGAAACAGCACUUUCCAACAGCCCACUCCUUCUGCACCCCCCCUGCCUCCCCACCCAGUGCCUUUUCACCUGCACGACACCUCUUCCUCCAGACCUGCUCUCUUAAAGAGUCGGACAUUGAUGCCGCCACAACCAUGAUGCUGUUGAACUCCGCCCCUGGACAUCACAGUGACCCGUGUGACCCGGACAGCCCCAUAGACCUCUCGCGUCCCGACUCGGUCCUGGUAAGCAGCGAUCCGAAGCAGGACCACAACUACAGCAGCUCCACCUUCCAGUGCUGCUCGUCUCGCUCUUCCUCGUCCUCCUCUUCCUCUCUCUCCUCUCUGGAUGAGGCGGCCUGCGACUCUAGCCAGGGACGGCGCGCAGGCAGCGAGGGUUUCCAUAGCGAUGAAGAUUCGGAGGAGGAGAGGAGCUCGCGACCGCCUUCGCUUCCCGUACGCCGCCCGCUCGCCAUCAAGUGCCCCGUUCCGGGUAAGCGGGUGCGUCGCGAAUCCAAACCGGAGUUGGACGAGGAGCUAAAGGAAGCGGCCGGAUCGCUCCUACACCUGGCUGGGAUCCGUCCCGGUCUGGAUCUCUCGAACCGAGCGGCCAAGAGUAAAAAACUGGAAAAGCAUCAAAAUAAAGCGGCGAGUAACCUUCAGUGACCUUGGAUGACUGUGCUUUCUUGUUUAUCGGAUCAUUUAAAGCCUGAAUUUCCCUCCUCGAUUCAAACCACGGCAAUAGAACCUCUCUCACGGAGGAGAACGAAGCCAUAAUUUAAUGCGAAUAUGGAGAAUAACUUCAGAACUACACGUGCUUCAGGAUUCUUCUCAGAUGAAAACAUGCGGAGGGGCUUUACAGGGCAAGAUCGAUGUUAUUUUCAACUAAACAUUUGCAUGCUUCCUCUUUAACCGAGUGCUCUACUCUUCCAAGUGAAUUUGUGUUAUUUCUACACAGAAUGGAGUGCAUGUCUGUGAUAUUUGAAGCACUAAAUCUGUCCAUACGCUUCACAAGAGAGUCACAUGUACAGGACACUGUUGUUUUAAAGAACAUCACAAAGAAAUGCAAUAAUUCUCAUCCGGCGGCUGCCAUCAGGUUUGUUUCGUUUUUUUUAAAAGGAGCUGGGUGUCGUUUGGAUGGUCGUGGUCUACUGAUGAUGAUGAUGAUGAUGAUUAGGAUCAGUCACUGGUGAUGUUUGGGUGAAACUCACAGAAGCGGGCAGGUCACAUUUUGCAGCAAAAUUAAACGCAUUCAAAAUUGCAUAAGUUAAAUUGCAUUUCGGCAUCAGGAUAGUUUUGCACUAUGAUGUUAUUUUCAUGACGCUUAAACACUUAAAGUUAUGUUUUAACACUGCAAAAAAAUGACUUUCUUACUUAGUAUUUUUGUCUUGUUUUGAGUAAAAAUAUCUAAAAAAAUUUAAAUUAAGAUGUAUUUUCUUGAUGAGCAAAAUGACCUAAGAAAAUAAGUCUAUUUUUUACACAAAAACUAUACAAGUUAAGUGAAUUUGUGCUUAAAACAACAAAAUUGUCUGCCAAUGGGGUGAGAAAAUUGUGCUUAAAUUAAGUGUUUAAGAAAAAAGAAAACUUAUUUUUAGAUUUUUUUUUCUCACACCAUUGGCAGAAAUUUUUUUCUUGUUUUAAGUUUAAAUUUACUUGAAUUGUAUAUUUUUUUCUAUAAACUAUACUUAUUUCCUUAAGUCAUUUUGCUCAUCAAGGAAAAGCCUUUUUAAGAUAUUUCUACUGAAAACAAGACAAAAAUACUGAGAAAGAAAGUAAUUUUUUUGCAGUGUAGUAAUUCUCAUUACAAAUUGUGUGCGGGGUUUAAUUGUCAUAAAAAUAAUUUUAACGAAAAAGGAUUAUUCCACUUUUUAUAAAAAAUCCAGAUAAUUUACUCAUCCAAGAUGUUUGUUUUUCUUUGUUCAGUCGAAAAGAAAUUACGUUUUUUUUUGAGGAAAACAUUCCAGGAUUUUUCUUCAUAAGAGUUUACAGUUUCAAUGCAGUUUCAAAAGACUCUAAACGAUCACAACCGAGGCAUAAGCGACUUAUCUAGCGAAACGAUUGUCAUUUUCGCCAAAAAAGCAUGUUUUUUUACUUUUAAACCACAACUUCUCGUCUUUCACUAGCCGUGUGACGCGCCAGCACGACCUUACCAAUUACGUCAUCACAUCGAAAAGUCACACGUUACGUAUGUGAAACACACACUUGUGGACCAUUUCAAACAAUAAACUUACACAAAAACAUUAAUUUGUAUCAUUCCACAUACAACAACAUCAGAACGGUCCUCUUUCUUUACACCUGGUAGUUGGUAGUUUCGUAUAAAUCACCAGUGACCUUUCAAUGUGAUUAUGUAAUAUGUAAGGUCACGCUGGCACGACACACAGCUUGUGCAUGACGAGAACUCAAAAAGUACUUUUUUUGCGAAAAUGAUGAUCGUUUUGCUUCAUAAGGCCCUUAUGCCUCGGUUGGGAUCGUUUAGAGCUCUUCGAAGCUGUAUUGAAACUUUUGAGGUCCACUAUAUGGAGAAAAUCCUAGAAUAUUUUCCUCAAAAAAGACAUAAUUUUUUUCAUAAAAGUGGAAUGUUUCUUUAACGCUCCUAAAAUGUUUGCGUCGGAGCAAAAUAUAUUUUCUUCAUUUGCUGUGAAAUGUCAUGCGCUCUCGACAGGUUUCAAAAGUUGGAAACAAGGGGGUCAUGAUGGAUAUCAAAACAGAUGAUCCAGAACCUUCACUGAAUUGAUUCUUUUACAACAGACUGAAUUAAGAACAGACGAUUGACACGGACAUUCACAUCUCUGUUGAUUCGUUUCUUUGGUCUUUGUGUGCUUCAUCAGGUUUUUACAUGCACACUAUAACAGGUUGAACUUGUUUAGUAUCCCCUCUGUUCAAAGCCUAUGCAAAAACUCAAGAUGUGGUAGCUCCUUAUUUCCUCUUGGUAUAUGUGCACAUGUGAUGUAUGCAUGUGCUCCCGUAGACAGCCUUUAUAGAGUUUAUCUCUAUUCAAAAUUCACGGAGCUGCGGCUGUAGAUACAAAUGCACAUGGCUCACAUUUUACACCAAAAUCAAAAGAAACGAGUGGAUGAAAACAACUCCUAAAUUCUGUAUUUAUUCUUCAUUCUGCAUCUACUCAUUAUGGUAGCAUUUGUGCUUAUGUUGUUAUAUUCAUUUUAUCUUUAUAUUUCCGUAAUCAAAAUCAACAUUGAGAAUAAUGAGGAAAAAUACACAAUUUUCAUCUUUUGAUUUUUGGAUGAAAUGUGACCCGGACACAUUCCCAUUAUAUUUACACAUUGUCUUAUUGUCAUGGAUUUUAAGUAACCUUGUAAACUUUUGUGUUAAAUAUGAAUCCUUCAACAGGUUUUAUUUUGCAAUGUUGUUAACUUAGCAAGGUUCACUGCAAAAAAAAUACUUUUUUAGUAUUUUUGUCUUGUUUUAGUAGAAAUAUCUAGAAAUUCUUAUAUUAGAAUGCUUUUUUGAUGAGAAAAAUGACCUUAGAAAAAAUUAGAGAAAAAAAUUAACAAGCAAAAAUAUCUGCCAAUUGGGAGAAAAAAAUCUUGAAAUAACUUAAUUCAAGCAAAUUUUACUCACUCCAUUGGGAGAUAUUUUUGCUUGUUUCAAGCACAAAUUCACUUAAUUUGUAUAUUUUUUGUCUAAAAACUAGACUUAUUUUUAUUAGGUAAUUUUGCUCAUCAAGAAAAUACAUCUUUUUGUAUUUAUAUUUGUACUGAAAACAAGACAAAAUACUAAGUUAGAAAGUGUUUUUUGCAGUGUUGUUUGCUGUGAUCAGUCUGCUUUUUUGCCUGUUGUGCCAUUCAAAAAGUGGUAAACGGUGGUAAUACCAUGCAGUAUAAUGCAAACAGAAUUGAAGUACCUGAUGUGACCCUGCCAGAAAGAAAGCAGAAGUAGCUCAUUUUAGCUCAUUUGUAAUGCAUGACCUGUGCCAAAACUUACGUGACCGCAUCAUAGACAGAAAACCGGUUCAGAAAGACCCUGGGCCGCUUAACGAACUGCCAAAUUUUUUAUUUAAUUUAGACCCCAGAUUGUGUUGAGUCUCAUCUGUAGAAAACAAUGUCAGUAUCUGCAGUUUUGCCAUGAUAUCACUGCCAGGACUAAUGUGCUAAUCUGUUUUAAUCUCAGUUAUUUGACUGCUAACUGAUAAUACUGCCAAGUUAACAAGCUUGUAAGAAUGAGUCUCAUGAAAGCCGGUGAUGUAUUUUACCCCAAAUCAAAAAGACAAAUAUAUCGUAAAGUCAUUAUGCUGGUUUUAUUUGAACUUUUUCGGGUGGUUUCCCGUACAGGGAUUAAUUUAAACCUAGACUAGGCCUAAAUUAAAACAUAAUUUAUAAAUAAACAUUACUGGUGUGCAUCUUGAAACUCGCACUGAUAUAUUUUAAGAUAAGUUGUUUUCAAUCAAGACAUCACUAACUUUAGUUUUAGUUAGUCUGGGACUAGUCAUAACCCCUGUCUGGAAAACUACCCCUUUAUGUUUUACUGUAUCUCAGAAAAUGAUGAAUACAGGAAACAAAAGAAUGUAAACAUAAAAUCUGGAUGCAUUACCAUAAUAAUAAUUUGGUCGGAAAUGUGCUUAAUAGUAAUGAAAAUUUUACAAUUUUACUUUUUUAUGUUUUAUUUAUUUUUUGGAUGGGUGUGAAAUGUAACCUGGACUUGAGAUUCACUCGUAAAGAAACAAAACCUUUGUUGUGAAGAAUUAGUAAAGAAUGAUUCUCGAUAUACAACUUUGAUUUUUCUUGUAUCACAUUACAAUGCAUUUAAAUUGCAAUUGAUAAGAUAAGUUUUGAAUAACUUCUGUUAUUUAUCGACACUGCCACCCAAACUACUGUUAACAUCCCAGGGAGCUUUAAGUAUUGAGAUGGGCGUUUUCAGUUUUCUGUGCCAACUGUGAAUAUUAGAUAUGGGAGGCCUGUGACGUAGGGUUCAAGUAUAAAAACAUCUCAUAUUGUGAAUGAUUUGGACCCAUAUGUUUUUGACGACCGGGUGUGCGGGUUAAUGAUGGUGUGAGACCGAUUAUGUUUAAUGUUUUAUUAUAUUUUCUUAAUUAUUUAACGUUCACAUCGUGUAAUAUCGAGGGUGUCGAGACUGCAUUGAAUGAUGUAAAUAAAUUCGACUGCUGAGCAUUUUCUGCCAACCCAAGCUGCCACCUCAGUAUAUGUUUGUCACUGUCUGCCCGUCUGUUAGACAGGCAAACCCCUCAUUUUUUUGUACGCUAACCUCUGUUAAUAAAAUGUUUAUAAAAUUUAUUUUCGCCAAAGAUAUGCAAUUGCAUUAUAUAUGGUAUUACUUAAUAAAAGAUGUUGUUUUACUUG